UCCCUUUGAUAUGCAUCGAACGGCUAAGGUCCAUGUUGAUGAUAACCGUUACAAAAAUAUCUCUGUCGUUCAUUGCCACUCCAAAACUGUUCUCCGAUUAUUUUCCUUUGAACAGUUAAAUUGCCAUUAUUGCAAUUGAAACUUGCAAUAAUCAUUUUCAUUAUUGGUUGGUACUAUCUAUUUGGGGUCCAGUUUUCAAGAAAAUAUCAGAAAAUCUGGAUAUCAUUGGGUUGAAGCAUACAAAAUGGGUUGGAGGGAUAUGAUCUCUUUCUGUCCUACUCCGAAUUUCCGGAAUAUGUUCCAGGGUAGACAAGAUGGAGCCGUGAUUGGAUGUGGACACACCAUUAAGUCUCAUGGGGCUGAACUUGCAAGGAAUCACAAGCACGACUGGCUCAUACUGUUACUUCUUGUUGUAAUAGAGAUCAUUCUCUAUGUAAUUCACCCAUUUCACCGUUUUGUUGGAGUGGACAUGAUGACAGAUCUUAAAUAUCCUAUGAAAGACAACACUGUGCCAGUGUGGGCUGUUCCACUGUAUGCAAUUUUGCUACCGGUUGCCAUUUUUCUUUUCUUCUACAUUCGGAGAAAAGAUGUCUAUGAUCUGCAUCAUAGUAUACUAGGACUCUUAUUUGCUGUGCUGAUAACUGCUGUCCUCACUGAUGCAAUAAAAGAUGCAGUUGGCCGACCUCGGCCUGACUUUUUCUGGCGUUGCUUUCCUGACGGGAUAGAUGAGUAUGAUCGGUGGGGCAAUGUAGUAUGCCACGGAAAAGAGGGCGAUAUAAAGGAAGGACACAAGAGUUUCCCUAGUGGUCAUACUUCAUGGUCAUUUGCAGGUCUUGGUUUUCUGUCACUGUACUUAUCUGGAAAAAUUAAAGCAUUUGACCGCAGGGGUCAUGUUGCUAAAUUAUGCAUCGUUUUCCUUCCUAUCCUUGCUGCAUGUCUCGUUGGUAUUUCUCGUGUGGAUGAUUAUUGGCAUCAUUGGCAAGACGUGUUUGCCGGCGGUCUUCUAGGUCUUGUGGUGGCUACAUUUUGUUACCUGCAGUUCUUCCCACCUCCAUACGACACUGAAGGAUGGGGUCCUUAUGCAUAUUUCCGAGUGCUGGAGCAAAUCAAUAGUUCCAACUCGCGACCUGCAAAUGCUGUUGGCACGGCAGCGCAAGGAGUGAAUCAACAGAUGACAUCAAACAGCAGAGUAGAUGAUCAGAUUCUGAGCUUAACUUAUGAUGCCAUGGAGUCAGGUAAAAGGUAGAUUAGAAAUGGUAUUAUGUGCUCGACUGCUCGCUGAUCUUACCAACUUCACGUUUGUCAAGUAUUUGCACUCUGUUUCUGUCUUGUAUUUAUCUCAUGUGCAGAUUAGUUUUUUGUACAAUAACGAAUUGAAUUUCCAUUUUAUGGUAUUGGUGCAUAAUAUAGCUGUUAUGCUUCUUACAA